CGCGGCCCGCCCGCGGCGCCGAGCAGGACCGGGCUCGUCCGCCGGGCUCCGACUGGCUGGAAAUUCCCGGCCGCGGCGGCUCCUCCCCCGCAGAAAUCCCCUCCGCCGGGUAUAUGCGUUGCGCCGCCGCCGCCGCCGCCACUCGCGGAUGUCUGCCCGCUGCCGCCGGCCGUAGCGCAGCCGCCGCCGCGCCAGCGCCAGCCGCCCGCCGCCCGCCCCGGAGCCGCGGCGCGGAGGCGCCCCCGCCGACAUGAUCAGCGCCCGCCGCGCCGCCGAGCUGCCGGCCAUGGAGGGCCGCGAGGCGCCGCGCAAGGAGCGCGCGGCGGCGCCGCCGCAGGACGACCGCCACGACAGCGGGCUGGACUCCAUGAAGGACGAGGAGUACCGGCAGCUCGUGCAGGAGCUGCAGGACAUCCGCCUCCAGCCCCGCGACGCCCCGGCCUGGCCGCAGGGCGACCCGCCGCCGCACGCCUGGGCCCAGCAGCUCACCGAGGACGGCGACACUUUUCUCCACUUGGCGAUCAUUCACGAAGAGAAGGCCCUGAGCCUGGAGGUGAUCCGGCAGAUGGCCGGUGACCGGCCCUUCCUCAACUUCCAGAACAACCUCAGCCAGACUCCGCUUCACCUGGCUGUUAUCACUGAUCAACCUGAAAUUGCUGAGAAUCUUCUGAAGGCCGGAUGUGACCCAGAAAUCAGAGACUUCCGAGGGAACACGCCACUCCAUAUCGCCUGUGAGCAGGGCUCCCUCAGAAGUGUCAGCGUCCUCACACAGUACUGCCAGGAGCACCACCUUUUCUCUGUCCUGCAGGCAACCAACUACAAUGGACACACAUGUCUCCAUUUGGCAUCUAUUCAAGGGUAUCUGGCUGUCGUUGAAUACUUGCUGUCCUUAGGAGCAGAUGUAAAUGCUCAGGAGCCAUGCAAUGGCAGAACUGCACUACACUUGGCUGUAGACCUGCAGAAUUCAGACCUGGUGUCACUUCUGGUGAAACAUGGGGCAGAUGUGAAUAAAGUGACCUACCAGGGCUAUUCCCCGUAUCAGCUCACGUGGGGAAGAGACAACUCCAGCAUACAGGAACAGCUGAAGCAGUUGACCACAGCUGACCUGCAAAUGUUGCCCGAAAGUGAGGACGAGGAGAGCAGUGAAUCGGAAUCUGAAUUCACAGAGGAUGAACUUAUAUAUGAUGACUGCCUUAUUGGAGGACGACAGCUGGCAUUUUAAAGCAGAGGUUCCUGUGAAAGGAAGUGACUGUGUACAUAUGUAUAGGAAAAGGACUGGUGUUCUUCAUUUAAAAAAAAAAACAAAAACAAAAUGUGGAAGAAAAAAGUACUGAAAUACUACACCGCCCAGCAAGGAGCACUUAAUUCUCACAGCAAGGUUCCACGUUCCAACCUGUGUUUAAAUAACAGGAGUGGAUAUGUAAUGUCACUAGAAAUCUGUGAUUAUGUACACCACUUGAUAAGGAACCCUGUAUCCAAACUUAUUAACAGUAUGAAGAAAACAGACUACAGAUGCAACAGACUAUUUACAGAAAUGCAUUCAAGAUCUGUCUAUAGAUGUUAAAUACUACAAGGAAUACUCGUCCAUCUUCUUGGAAACUGUUUUCUAGAUUUCUGUUGGGCUGGUGAUACUUCACCUUACUGACUGACCUUGGCUGCUCCUUGUGGGGUAUAGCAGACAGAGGAUCAACCAAAGGAAUGACCUCCUGGCUGCUAUGGGAAAGGUAGCAAUCAUGUUAACUGUGGGCAUUGGAAACAAUGUGUUUCACACAAUGUGUGUCAUAAUUGCUACACUUCUUAGCAAUUGUAUAGCUUGUAAAUACUGUACAUUUUGUUUAUAAUUAUUUUGGUACAUGUGAGAUGUAUUUAUUAAAAAAUGUCAAAUUAC